AUGGCAUCUGCAUUUGAAUCGUCCUUGUCGUCAAGCCUAAGCGGCCGGCAAACGAUGUCGGCGACGGCCCCCUCCAUGGCGGACUCUCUUCCCAGUAUCAAUUUCGGCUUUGACGAGCUGCGCGAUCGCAUGGCAAAGUUCAGCGCGAAAUUCGACGCUUUCAUCGAACAAGGGCGAAAGCGCGUCCUCGAGGAGCGCAAUCAGUUCCGAAUGAACGUUGCCGAAUUGCAAGAGGACCAGCGCAUGAAGAAGAAGGAUAUGGAAAUCCUCCAGCACAAGACCAACACGCACCAACAAAUGAUAUCGAAAGAAUCCGCCGAGACGCGGGAGAUGCAAGCAGCAAUCGCCUCACUAACCGAGCAACGGGACCGAAACAAAAGGUCGCGGGACGCGCUACAGCAGCAGAUCGCCGAGACGCAGAAGGAAAUCGAAGCGCGGUUGGCGGCGCAGCAGGCGCACGCGCAAUACAUAGAAUCGCAGUCGCGGUUCAACGUGCCGGAGCUAGACUUCUGGAUGCAGAAUCUGUGCUUGAAGAUCGAGGGGGCGGGGCAGACGGACCGCUUGCGUUUCGUAUAUACACAUGUCGACGAGAAGGACUGGGACCGCGAAGCCUGGUUCGAGCUGAGUACUUCGUCUCGCGAUUACGACGUCCGCCAUUGCAGGCCGAAGCUCGAGCGCGAGAAGGUCGAUCGUGUGCUUGAGAGAGUUAAUGAGACGAGGGAUUUGGCGGUGCUAUUAAAGGGCAUGAGGGAACUGUUUGUUGAGGCCAUGCAGUCUUGA